AUGUGGGUGUUUGGUUACGGGCCCCUGAUCUGGAAGGUGGACUUCCCCUACCAGGACAAGCUGGUUGGGUAUACCACAGACUACAGCAGGCUUUUCUGGCAAGGCAGCACUGACCAUGGCAGGAUCCUGGGCAAGCCUGGAAGAGUGGUGACUUUUGUUGAAGAUCCUGGGGGUUGUGUACGGGGUGUUGCUUAUAAACUGCCAGUAGGAAAAGAAGGAGUAAAAACAUACCUUGACUUCAGAGAGAAAGGAGGCUACAGAACCAUAACAGUGAUCUUUCAUCCAAAAGAUCCCACACCAAAACCAUUCAGUGUGUUGCUAGAUAUUGGGACCUGUGAUAAUCCUAAUUAUCUUGGUCCUGCACCUCUGGAAGACAUUGCUGAACAGAUGUUUAAUGCAGCCGGCCCAAGUGGAAGAAAUACAGAAUAUCUUUUUGAACUUGCAAAUUCCAUUAGAAACCUUGUGCCAGAAGAUGCAGAUGAACAUCUUUUCUCUUUGGAAAAAUUAGUAAAGGAACGUUUAGAAGAAUAAUAGAACCUCAGUUACUUACCAAGACCUAGUCAUCGACUUUUCCAAAUUAGCAGAGCUUUUAGUCUUCAGAGAGUAACUUAAGUGCAUUAUAGCAAUGUGUUUUGGAAAUGUAUUUACUACAUGAAGAUACUACUAUUUUUAAUAGUGUGGUCAGGAUAUCAACAAAUUUAUAGUUUAACUGCAGGUGUCCAGAAACAUACAUUCAGAAGACUGAAGAAUACAGAAAGGAGAAAUUCGUCUUAAUAGCAUAAUGAUUUCCUAACUAUAUGAUAUUGAGCACUUGCUCAUUAGAAUUGAGUUCUUUAGAAAUAAUCUCAAUUCAGUUCU